AUGGAAAGCAUCGACUUUUACGACUCUCUCCUCGGCCACGGCUACAAGCCGCGCAUGACGCGACUGCUGCACGACUUUCUGCGGCGCGUCUGGGGCGACGACGUGGCCCUCCCCGAGCCGCGAACCAUAAACUGCCCCCAGCAGCCCAACAGUACAGACUGCGGUCUUCAUGUCAUUCGCAACGCCGACCUCGCCACCAAGACCUCUCGUUCGGCAAGGGACAUACCCCCAUUGUUACCAGAUCCGCUGAGGCAGUACUACAAGGCCAUGUACGAAAGCCUGCUGGAAUAG